GGGGCGGUGAGGUCCGGGGGUUGCUGGAGGAGUCGUAGUGGCGCGGCAGCCCGCGGGGUCCGGGGUUUGGUGUUGCGGCGCCCGCGUUCGCCAGGCUCAGGCUAUUUCUGAUGCUUGGAAGCUACCCUUUCAGCCACAAAGAUGGUCAUCAAUCUUUGCCUCCCACAGUUCAGACCAAGAAUUUAUUGCAACAAGAUAUCAGCUGAUGGUUAUGAAGUAGAAAAUCUCAUCUCUGAAGACCUCACAAAGAGAAGUCAUGGUUUUAGGACAGAGUAUUUCAUUAAGCCACCGGUUUAUGUGACAGUUUCCUUUCCCUUCAGUGUGGAAAUCUGUAGAAUUAACAUAGACCUCACAGCUGGGGGAGGCCAGAAUGUCACUGGCCUGGAAAUGUACACAUCUGCCUUAUCCAGCAGAGCAUCUUGGAAUGCCUCCGAGUGCCGAACCCUGGGCCCAGCUGAGCCGGCCAUCCCGGACAAGGAGGCAUUCACCUUGGUAGGCAAAGUCUUACUGAAAAACCAGAGCCAGGUGGUGUUUAGUCACAGGGGCUUCAAGGCCAGGCCACCUUUUGGCCCAAUGGAAGCCACACUGCCCUCUCCUGCGGUUGUGGCCCAGGAGCUCUGGAAUAAAGGGGCUCUUUCCCUCAGCCACGUGGCCCAUCUCAAGAUCUGUAUCACCCACGUGACAGGCAGUGGUAUCCCUUGCAUCAAACGAUUGGAAGUGUGGGGUCAGCCAGCUAAAACCUGCUCUCAGGAGGUGAUAGAUAGUGUCAUGCUGGUUGCCUCUGAGAGCCUCCCUCAGGACUUGGCUCUGCAGGCUCCUGCCUUGCCCAUGGAGAGUGACUGCGAUUCUGGGGGCCUGCCUGAGCACCAGCAGGCCCCCACCAGCCUGCAGGAGCUGGCUGAGGUAAUUCAAGAUGUGCCCGAGGAGUUCCUGGACCCCAUCACCCUAGAGAUCAUGCCUUGCCCAAUGCUGCUGCCCUCGGGCAAGGUCAUUGACCAGAGCACAUUGGAGAAGUGUAACCGCAGCGAAGCCACUUGGGGCCGAGUGCCCAGCGACCCUUUCACGGGGGUCGCCUUUACUCCGCACUCCCAGCCCCUGCCUCACCCUUCCCUGAAGGCCCGGAUCGACCAUUUCCUGCUCCAGCACUCUGUUCCUGGCUGCCAUCUGCUCGGGAGAGCACAGACUGCAUUGGCAGUGACGCCUUCUUCCAUUGCUCUGCCGUCUCGGAAAAGGAAGAUGGAGCAGCCUGAACACCUCCCAGAUGGUAGCCUUGGUAUCAGUGCUUCCGGUUUUUCUACCACGAGUCUUCUGGUCUCACCCCCUACCUCAGAGCACACCGCCAAGAAAAUGAAAGCUGCCAGCGAGCUUGGGCUGACGCAUAUGGACUGCUCAACAGAUCCAGUGUCCCAUGAGCAGAAGCUGUCACAAAGCUUGGAAGUUGCCUUGACGUCGACCCUCGGCUCCAUGCCCUCUUUCACAGCUCGGCUGACCAGGGGACAGCUCCAGCACCUGGGCACGAGAGAAAGCUGCACCUCCUGGAGGCCAGCCACUGGCUCGGAGCAGCCUGGGAGCAUCCCAGGCCCCGAAUGCGCCUCCUGCAAAAGAGUGUUCUCUCCGUACUUCAAAAAGGAGCCUGUGUACCAGCUUCCCUGUGGCCACCUGCUAUGCCGGCCCUGCCUGGGUGAGAAGCAGCGCUCCCUGCCCGUGGCCUGCACAGCUUGCCAGCGGCCAUUCGCCAGCCAGGACGUACUGCGGGUCCACUUCUGAGUGACCAGCCUCAACCCGAGAAGACCCAUUGAGGGGAGUAGCGGAGGGAGUGGGGGGUCAGGGUCCCCUGAGGGCUGGCCAGAUCCCAAGCACAGAGGGGCCCUUUCUUCCCACGGGCUUUUUCCCUCUGUCUCCUUCCACAGUGUAGCACAUGGGCCUGAGUCGGGGUAGGAGGGGGCACUCCACUCCUGCUCAAGUGGCACUAGGAUAACAAAGCCAUAGUCUGGGCCAGGAGGGAUGGAGGACAUAUUCCUGCCCUCCCAGGCCUCCCUGCCUCCCCCGCCCCGCCCCACCAGAGCCCAGGGCCUGUUAGAGCCGGCCCCACCCUGCUGGCACCCACCCCAGUCCUGCAGGGCAGAUGCAAGUGGAGCACCACAGACCAUGGCUCGGGAUCUCAAAGACCGCCUCUGCCUUCAGUGUCAUCCAUGAGGGCUCCAUGGCGGGGCUGUGGAGUGAAUGACUCAGUUCCCUACUGGCAGGCCACUCUGAGCCUUAAUAAAGCGAUGGUUGACGUCUA